GCCUUCGUCCCGCCUGCCGGCCGGCAGAACUCGAGACCCCGGCUCAGACGCGCGGUCCGGGCGCUCGUGGCAGCGCGGCUGGGCCGGUUGGCGAUGCCGCUGGAGCUGACACAGGCCGCGCUGUACGUGGUGCUGGAGCUGGCGCUGGCCGCGCUGGCGCUGGCCGGCAAUGUGCUGGUGUGCGCGGCGGUGGGCACCUCGAGCGCGCUGCAGACGCCCACCAACUACUUCCUGGUGUCCCUGGCGGCGGCCGACGUGGCCGUGGGGCUCUUCGCCAUCCCCUUCGCCGUCACUAUCAGCCUGGGCUUCUGCACCGACUUCCACAGCUGCCUCUUCCUCGCCUGCUUCGUGCUGGUGGUCACGCAGAGCUCCAUCUUCAGCCUCCUGGCCGUGGCCGUCGACAGGUACCUGGCCGUGCGCGUCCCGCUCAGGUAUAAGAGUCUGGUCACUGGGGCCCGAGCAAGAGGGGUCAUUGCUGUCCUCUGGGUCCUCGCCUUGGGCAUCGGCCUGACCCCGUUCCUGGGGUGGAACAGUAAAGACCGUGCCACCAACUGCACGGAGCCCUGGGAUGGAAGCACAAACGCAAGCUGCUGCUUUGUGAAGUGUCUUUUUGAGAACGUGGUCCCCAUGAGCUACAUGGUGUACUUCAAUUUCUUUGGGUGCGUCCUGCCCCCGCUGCUCAUAAUGCUGGUCAUCUACGUCAAGAUCUUCCUGGUGGCCUGCAGGCAGCUCCAGCGCAUGGAGCUCAUGGACCACACGAGGACCGUCCUCCAGCGGGAGAUCCACGCGGCCAAGUCCCUGGCCAUGAUUGUUGGGAUCUUUGCCCUGUGCUGGCUGCCGGUACAUGCCAUCAACUGUGCCUCGCUCUUUCAGCCAGCCUGGGCCAAGGAGAAGCCCAAGUGGGCCAUGAACACGGCCAUCCUCCUGUCGCACGCCAACUCGGUCGUCAAUCCCAUUGUCUACGCCUACCGGAACCGAGACUUCCGCUACACUUUCCACAAAAUCAUCUCCAGGUAUGUUCUCUGCCGGACAGACGUCCGCAAGAGUGGGGAUGGGCAGGCAAGGGCGCAGCCUGCUCUCCAGGUGAGCCUGUGACCGAGGCUGCUCUGGCCUCUUCGAGGAGAAGGCACGAGUUCAGUAACAAAGGGACAGGGCAUGGCUGGCGGAUUCUCACUGGAAGGACAGCUACACCUCACAGGCCAGCAGGGGGCGUCUUCGGAGCACUUCCCCGGAGGUACCACGUACCUAGUUAACACGCACGCGUUACUCGUAGGUGCCGCGGGUCGGCGGCCGUGUCUGCGGUUCCCUGGCUGCUCUUGCUGAUGAUGCUGACGACUUGAAUGGAGUUAAAAGAAAGUUUUGUUUCUUUAAGAGUCUACCUCUUUCGUGGUAGAAAAUGACUGAAACUAUUUUUACCGUGAAACACUGUGAACUAUUACAGUACAAACACUUUUUAACUUAGCAGGCA